UCUUCAGUUUUCAGAGUUGUUUGGAUUUGUCAGCAGCUGGAUUCCUUCUUCACAUCGGGGAUUAGACGGAUAAAUUGAAGGCAUUAUGAAAACUUCUGUUGGAGUGUGUGUGGUGUUCAGUCUCGCUCUGGUGGGGCUUGGUUCUGCCAUUAAAUGCUACAGUUGUAAGGACUACACUGGAACAUGCUCUAAAAUACGAGACUGCUACUAUGAUGAUGCCUGUGUGUCAGUCUAUGAGAGAGGUGGUGACAUACACAGACAGUGUAUAAAAUACUCUGAAUGUGAUUACAGCACAAUCGCUCAGAAAUUUCCUAAAAUUUCCAGCUUCAGGUUCUCCUGCUGUGCCUCUGAUCUGUGUAACACAGGCACUAUGUCACUGGCCAGCCACUCGGUCGUGGGAAUUCUGCUCUCGCUUGUAUUCUUCUGGUGGUGUGUUCUCUAAAUAUUCACAAAAUGCUUCUGCAUUGUUCCUCAUAUAUCUAGUAGUGGUAUCAUGCAGCAAGAAAUCUUCUAUCUCUUGGGUCAAAUGGUCAAGAUUUGACAGCUUAAAUCUAAGCUGCAUUUUUAAACUGUGUGCGUGCACACUGCUAAGGCUUGUAAGCACUGUUUGUUGUUUUGCACUUUACAGUGACAGGGAAACUGUCUGAUUAUAAUUGAUUGUAAUUUGUGGCUUUCAUUGUGUGUGUUUAAUUUUCAAAGCUAAUACUUAGUGUUACACAUGAAAAUGAAGAAUCUGAUUGGACUCAUUCUGGUGUAGAGGAUUCCUAUGCAGUUUUUCAAAGGGUACUUUACCACUGCACUUUUUAUAAAUGGCCUUCAUACAUGCUUUCAUUUGCCUUGUUUAUGAAUGUCUUUAAACAAAAACCUUUGAAACACUUUGUGCAAUAUAUAGAUGUCUCUUUUCAGCAUAACAACCUGCUUUUUGUUACCACUACAGUUACUUACCAAUAAAAGGAACAUGCUGUUUCAUGCAAA